AUGUGUUUGUGUAUAUCUGGGUGUGUGUGUUUGUGUAUAUAUCUGUGUGUUUGUGUCUCUCUGUGUGUCUCUGUAUAUCUGUGUUUGUGUGUGUGUAUAUCUUUGUGUCUGUAUCUAUCUGUAUCUCUGUCUGUGUCUGUGUGUUUCGUGUGGGUGUGUGUUUGUGUUUGUGUCUGUGGAUGUGUUUACCAUCUAGAAUCAGUAUCUGUGUGUCUCUAUCAGUGUGUGUCUCUGGGUGUAUAUCUGUGUUUGUGUCUCUGAGUGUUUGUCUCUCUGUGUCUCUCUGUGUCUGUGUGUUUGUGUCUCUCUGUGUGUCUCUGUAUAUCUGUGUUUGUGUGUGUGUAUAUCUUUGUGUCUGUAUCUAUCUGUAUCUCUGUCUGUGUCUGUGUGUUUCGUUAUCUGUGUGUCUCUAUCAGUGUGUGUCUCUGGGUGUAUAUCUGUGUUUGUGUCUCUGAGUGUUUGUCUCUCUGUGUCUCUCUGUGUCUGUGUGUUUUGUGUGUGUGUGUGUAUGUUUGUGCC